CUGGAGCAGAGAAGGAUGGAUUCCAAAGCCCAGCUUUUAGGAUUGGCCUUGAAGAAAAGGAGGGCCACCCUACCUCGUCCCGGAGGGAAGGAGAACCUAAAAGCAGACCCAGAAGAGCUUUUUACGAAACUGGAGAAAAUUGGAAAGGGCUCUUUUGGUGAGGUGUUCAAAGGCAUUGACAAUCGGACUCAGAAAGUGGUUGCCAUAAAAAUCAUUGAUCUGGAAGAAGCUGAAGAUGAGAUAGAGGACAUUCAACAAGAAAUCACAGUGCUGAGUCAGUGUGACAGUCCCUAUGUAACCAAAUAUUAUGGAUCCUACUUGAAGGAUACUAAAUUGUGGAUAAUAAUGGAAUACCUUGGCGGAGGCUCUGCACUGGAUCUAUUAGAACCUGGCCCUUUAGAUGAAACUCAGAUUGCCACCAUAUUAAGAGAAAUUCUGAAAGGACUUGAUUAUCUUCACUCAGAGAAGAAAAUCCACAGAGACAUCAAAGCCGCCAAUGUUCUGCUGUCGGAGCAUGGAGAGGUGAAGCUGGCCGACUUCGGAGUGGCGGGCCAGCUGACAGAUACCCAGAUAAAGCGGAACACCUUCGUGGGCACCCCCUUCUGGAUGGCGCCCGAGGUCAUUAAACAGUCAGCUUAUGACUCGAAGGCGGACAUCUGGUCGCUGGGUAUAACAGCCAUAGAACUGGCGAAAGGGGAGCCCCCUCAUUCCGAGCUGCAUCCCAUGAAGGUUUUAUUCCUGAUUCCAAAGAACAACCCCCCGACGCUGGAAGGGAACUACAGCAAACCCCUCAAGGAGUUCGUGGAGGCCUGUCUGAACAAGGAGCCGAGCUUUAGACCCACGGCUAAGGAGCUGCUGAAGCACAAAUUCAUACUGCGCAAUGCAAAGAAGACGUCCUACCUGACGGAGCUCAUCGACAGGUACAAGCGGUGGAAGGCCGAGCAGAGCCAGGACGACUCCAGCUCCGAGGACUCGGACGCGGAAACAGAUGGCCAGGCAUCUGGAGGUAGUGACUCCGGGGACUGGAUCUUCACAAUCCGAGAGAAGGAUCCCAAGAAUCUUGAGAACGGAGCUCUUCAGCUGUCGGAUUUGGAAAGAAACAAGAUGAAAGACAUCCCAAAGAGGCCUUUCUCUCAGUGUUUAUCGACAAUUAUUUCUCCUCUGUUUGCGGAGCUGAAGGAGAAGAGCCAAGCAUGUGGAGGGAACCUGGGGUCCAUAGAGGAGCUGCGAGGGGCCAUCUACCUGGCAGAAGAGGCCUGCCCCGGGAUCUCCGACACCAUGGUGGCCCAGCUGGUGCAGCGGCUGCAGAGAUAUUCUCUAAGUGGUGGAGGAACUUCGUCCCACUGAAACCCUUUGGCCUCUGGGGUUUUGUUUUCCCUCCUUUCUUCUGCAUCCUCCUUUUGAAAGUCGAGGAGAACCUUUGCCGGCUCUCCUGGAGGCGCCACAGAGGGCCACCCCCAAGACCGCGCCGUCCAGGGACACACUCAGCCCUCGCUGUGCCACAGCCUGAUGAAGUCUCUCGCAUGGGGUGGGGAGGGCCAGCUCCUUCAAGCAAUUAUUUUAUUUUUUUAUUGUUUUUAAUUUUAACCAUAGUGCACAUAUUCAAGGAAAAUGUCUUUGAAAACAAAACCCCUGAAGUGUAUAUUUGGGAUUGUGAUAAGGCAACUAAAGACAUGAAACCUCAGGUAUCCUGCUUUAAGUCGAUAACUCCCCCGGGAGAUGGAGAAUCGCUGGUGGAUCUGUGUACAGACUGUAUAUAGCGUCAUUUUUACAGAAACCCCUUUGGCGUGCAUAAGGAAUCACUGUGUACAAAUCGGCCAAGUGCUUCUGUAGAUAAUGUCCGUGGAGUAAAUAUUUGACAGGCCAUAACUUGAGUCUAUUGCCUUGCCUUUAUUACAUGUAAAUUUUGAAUCAUGUGACCAGUGAUUUGGGUUUUAUUUUGUAUUUGCAGGGUUUGCCAUUAAUAAUAAUUAACGCCCCUCAAUGGAACACUCCCAUUUGUACCUCGACAGAUGCAAAUGUCCCUCUUGUUUGUCCUUCACCCCUUUUGGUACAAUUAGAAGUUGAUUUCCUUUUUCAUCGAUGGUACUAUUUCUUAGUGUUUUAAAUUGGAACAUAUCUUGCCUCAUGAAGCUUUAAAUUAUUACUCUUGAGUUUCCCAGAGGAAGCACUCUCGUCUAACCUUUGUUUGGAGUCGUGCACCAGGCAUACUGUCCUGCCCACACGAUUUUCUGUUGCACCUCGUAGCGGAAUCUGCAUAUCAUCAUCUUUCCCACCUGGAAGUGUCUGGAUGCUUACACCAAUAAAUUUUAUAACACACUUA